AUGGCAGCAAGCACUGAUGUAAAGGUUGUCGGGACCCGUCCAAGCCCAUUUGUAAACCGGGUUCAGUUUGCCCUGAAUCUCAAGUCAAUUGACUACGAAUUCAUCCCGGAGAAUUUGCAGGCCAAAAGUGAACUCCUCCUGAAAUUGAACCCUGUUCACAAGAAGGUUCCAGUUCUGGUCCAUGGGGAUAAGCCCGUCUGUGAAUCGCUUGUGAUUGUGCAGUACAUUGAUGAAGCCUUUCCAGAUGGUCCUUCCAUCCUUCCAUCCGAUCCAUAUGAUCGGUCAAUUGCUCGCUUUUGGGCUGCUUAUAUUGAUGACAAGUGGUUUCCAGCAUUUAGGUCACUAGAAUAUGCAAAAGAUGAAGAGUCAAGGGCGGAAGUUUUGGAGAAGAUGUCAGAAGGUUUGGUAUUAUUGGAGAAUGCUUUUGUGAAGUGUAGCAAUGGGAAAGGGUAUUUCGGGGGAGACACAUUAGGCUAUAUUGACAUUGCUUUGGGUUGCUAUUUGGGUUGGCUAAAAGCAAUCCAGAUUGAGUUUGACCUCAAAUUAAUGGAUGAAUCCAAGACACCAGUCCUUGCGAAGUGGGCUGAGAGGUUUAAGAAUCAUGAAGCUGUGAAGGGAACUCUUCCAGAGACUGAAGAACUCCUCAACCUUAUGAAGGUGAUGAAAGCUGCAAAGGCUGCUGCUGCUGAUGCUGAAUCUGAAGCUUCCAAAUGA